AUGCGGCUUUCACUCAGCUUAAUAGUGGCUGUAGCUACAAGUGUCAAUGCAGCAUCGUUUUUCACCGGUGAAUGGGCAGAAAAUUUGAAGCAUUUCUUUCGACAAACACAACAGUCCAUUGAGCAAAAAUCGGGCCACUUGCUAGCUGAACUCAGUAAAAAAGUGGACAGUGCACAAAAUUUUGUACAGAGGUCGAAGAGCGCCUUCAGCACGCUAGCACAGAAUUUAAAAAGUGGAAGUGAAAAGCUAAAGGCCACCGUUAUGGAAACAGCUGAAACGACACUGCGUGGUGCUGGCGAUGAGGUGCCAUUUUGA